AAGCAUAAGACAACAGUACAAAUAAUAAUAAAAAUAAAGUGUAGCAUUAAAGCGAAAAUAGCAAGAGCAAGAAUGACAACCCAAAGCACGCACAAGGAGCGAGCUAAAAGGCAAAAUUAAACAACGACUACAACAACAACGACGGCGCUUAGUGCAUACAAAUGUCAGCCAGGUUAACACUGACUACAUUGCCGGCAGAAAUAGAGGGUAGAGAGCAUUAUGCUUGCAACGUCAACCCGCUGCUACCUGCUGUAUGAGCGCGUUGCGUCCAUUGCCAUUUCAAUUUAAAUACAGCGAAACAGCAACAGCUACCCUAACAGCGACAGCAGCUAUUUAAGCCACACCAUGGAGGACGUUAGCGGAACAACUCCAACAGCAAAAAAGAGUACAUUGUCAGUAGAUCGUGCCGCAUUUCUUCUGCUGCGCGUGAAAAAGGCAUUCAAGAAAAAAAGACAGCAACGCAAGGACCGACAGGCACAGCAGAGUGGCAGCGGGUGCAUGGUCUUGGGUAGCAAUGGACAACAGUCGCGCGGCGGCAGUCGCAAAUUCCCGCCGCCAUUGUUACGGUCACGCACCCUGCCCGCCAUUAUUGUACCAGGGCUUCCGGUUGUCUCACUGCACAGAGAUAAGCAACCAUUUCACUUGGAUUGUAAAAGUCGCAAUGGCAGCGCGAGUGGUCAUCGUUGGUCUUUGCUCACACGCGGUGCGUGUGGUGGAACUAGUGGAGCUGGUGCUGGUGGUGCAGCUGCUUGUGGUGGCAGCCAUAACAACAACAAUACUAAUUUAAGCAACAACAAUAACAACACGCUAAUGGUGAAGUCAUUGAAUUUACCAAAAGAUGAUUGCAGUCUGAUUUAUCGGAGGAAAUCGUCGGGCAGCUCGCCCCACGCUCAUGCCGCACAUGCGGCUAUACAACAGCAUGUGGCACAACAACAUUUGCAUCUCUAUCAGCAACAUAUUCCUGAUAGUUCGACUUAUCAGUUAUCCGAUGAUUUUGAAUGUCAUGCGGAUGGGUCGCUUCUGCUUCGGAUACCCUCGCCGCAUUCCGCGGCACCAUUACGCGGCUAUCCGUAUCGUCUGGGUGGGAAGAAGCGUGCCACAGCAUGCUCAGAGGCAACAACACCUAUGGCUAGAGAGCACCAUCAUCUGCACGAUUUUUCCACGGCCGAGAGCAGCGGCUCGGGUGCGCAUACGACCUUCACACGGUUGGCCAAAUUGCUGCAUCAAUCAAGAUCCACUCUAUUGCCACAGCCGCCGAUGUUGCACGGCGACAAUUUCGGUAUCGAAGCGGGACCAGGAACACAACAGGCGAACAGCAAAUCUGUAUUGGGCCUCGGCGAGGAUGCACCGCGUCGUUUGUCGUGGGAAAGGCGUAAGGACAGCAGUGCGUUACAGCGCUCGGCCAGCAUUGAUUCGUUUGCGGAAAUUGUGUUUAACGACCUGCCACGGCCAUCGCUGGAUGUACCACGCAGUGUGGUCGCCACGCCAACACCCUUCAGUAAGCGUCCAUCGGCAAGUAGCCUGUAUUCAACAUGCAGUAGCAUUGCGGCCGCUACGGCCGCCUCCGCACAGGUGCAUGCUCAGCUGAAUGUUAAUUAUGGCGACCUAACAGCAUAUUCGCAUCAGCAUCAACUUGCACAGCAUCCAGGUAACUGCAGCAGCGGUAGCAGCAGCACCGCCAACAGCCGGCGCGAGAGCAUGUUGAGUCCCUCGUCAACGCGACGCAACAAGCAAUCUCGCAUUAUAAAUGCUCUCAUCUCAGCGGUGGAGCAUGGACAUUUGGAGAAAGCACGAACCAUACUAGAAUCCACCGAUGUAGAUGUCAAUAGCAUCAAUAUAGAUGGCCUCUCAGCACUCGAUGUGGCAGUCCUCAGCAACAAUCGCUCCAUGACCAAGAUGCUGCUGCAGCAUGGCGCUCUAGAUGGCUCACAAUUUUCCGUGGAUAGCAUUGGCACCAAGCUGAACGGCCUGCUUAAAGACGCGGAGUCUCGUAUUCAUGAUCUCAGUGGACCAGAUGGUCUUUGUACACCCGGUUUUAGCUCGCGCCCUUCCAUAUCUAGCAUUAUAAUUGGCAAUACGGGCUCCUCAGUCACCGGAUGUACGGGCAACGAGGUGGAUAAACAGAUUGGCAUUUGGGAACGUAAGGUCAAGGGACUACGUCGCUUGCUGCUCGGCUGGGACCAGGCCCGACCACCAGAUGCUCCUGCCUCAGUUGUUGUCGAUGUUACCGGUGACAAUUCCAUCAGCUUGCAAAUACUCGAGCCCUACGAGGGAGCCAUAGCUACCAAAUUUAAAGUUCAAUGGUCAACCCGUGCCGACUUUAGUAACAUUGUUGGCGAGCGCGAGCUUCUCGAGUGGAUUAGCUUUCACGGCACCAUGGGCGCUCACUGCCCCAUAACAGGACUUACCCAAGGACGUCGCUACUUUCUACGUGGUGCCUGCGGUAAUGUCAAGGGUUGGGGUAAUUACCGUAAUUCGGUGCCUGCAAGCGUUGUGCCGUCAACAUGGCGUGACCUGGAAAAUCGGGAGAAUCGAUUUUAUGGUCGACAAUGCAUGCUAGACAAUCUGUUUACGGCUGUGCGCUUAGCUCGGCCUGCAGAUGUGUCUGAACUUACCCUGGAUCCCAGCAACGUGCAACGACGCAAUCCCAAAAAGAAAACUACUAUUAAGCAACUAUUCUCUGUCACCUCUAAGUUUCAAAAGACGUUGCGACGUGGCAUCUACUUCUCGUGCAUCGUUCACUGUGAUGACAAAGUGCUAGUCACCAGCGAGGAUUUUCCGCCUGUUAUCGAAAUCGAUGAGUCUUAUCCGAGUGCCCUACACAUGGACUACUACUGGCUGAUGAAGGUCGCGUGCACAUGGGAGGAUGUGAAGUCCCUUCGUACAGACAUGGAACGGAAUCUCAGUUCACCCGUGCACUUUCGCACUAAGCUGCUGUCAGCCGUUUGUCAGAUGCAAUCUGCGCUAGGAAUUACGGAUCUCGGCCAAUUGUAUUAUAAACCCCUUCGAGACACACAGGGCACAGUGGUGCUCACCUGCAUACAGUCGGUGAAGAGUCAGAAGGCUGUAUCUAUUAUAAAUUCACGCUGGCUACCCGUUAGCAAGUUGCAAAAAAAACUGGGCGCUUUGCAUGAGGAUUACACAAUUAAUGAGCUGCUUAUAUCAAGCAUUGGGGAGCAGAUAGAUUAUCAACAGGCAGCGCUACAACGACUUGACCCAGGCCUCUAUUUGGGCUAUCUGAAGAUGCAAUGCUCAAUGGAUCAGAUACAGGUGGUUGUGCCGGUGAAGACGCCCAAUGUACUGCCCCAUUGCAAGGUGCGCGAGAAUAGCCACGUUACCGCCGAGGAGUGGCAAGUAUUGCAUCGCAUUAAAAAUAGUAAAUCAGUUCGACUACAUCUCGACUUCAGUGCACCUAGCGAUAGGAAUGGCAAUGGCGAUGACCAAGCCAACGAGGUGCAGUGUCUUUUCCUACACGAUCUCAGCACAGCAGUGCAUAAGCUGCUGGAUGGUAUGAGCAUUAAGCCAACGGAAGCUGCAACGCAUCGCCUCUACGAUGUGGAAAUAAUCGAGCUUAGUCGCGACAUUAGCUUUCUUAUUGUCUGCCCCUCGGUGGAGGCAUCUUGCGCCGUACCCGGUCAAUCGGAGUUGCUCUUACAGCGCAAUGAGUUCGUCAGCCUUAGCAUCCAGGCCUUCGAGAUGAUCCAUUUACGUACCUAUCAGCCGGCCAUAGUGCAGAAAUAUGCGCGACUCUCCUGCAUCCUGGAGCUGGAUACUGCCCUGGCCACCCAUUCGCAUCGCGAGGCCUUCUCUAGCAGUGAAUUGCAGGCGGCCAAGGAGCGACUAGCAACACUGCAGGACCUCAGCUCAAACCUCUCGCUCGUAUGGAAAAGCGUGCGCUGGUUAAUGGAUGUGGUUGCAUAUGCUCGAAAUAAGCAUGCUCAGCCAGCGUUAGCUAUGCGUGAAAUACUGAAGUUUGUCGAGGAGCAGGAUAAGCACUUGUUGCAACUACCGCUUCGCGACUCCAGAUGCAGCAAGACAGGUCGCGGGAGCUGGCCAGGUCCAGGUGUUAAUGAGGAUGGUGACAAGCCAAACAGCAAUCCAGAGCAUUCCAAGUCCGAAACGAAUCUGGGGCAGAACGCACUGACACCCACCUCCGCACAGGCUACAUCUCUCGAGGCAGCUGACAAGCAGCCAUUAAAUGAACAGCAGCAACAACAGCAGUCACAGUUGCUCCAGGUAGGAGUCAGCGAAUAUACUGCUUCAACCUGUUCAGAUGUUUCGCUACGUAAGAACAGCGGCGACUCUGUGAGCUCCGCGUAUACGGCACGUAGCUCUGCCUCCGAUGGCAGUAACUGUGUGUUUGCUUUGCCCCCUUCGCGCUCCGAUGAUACGCUGGCGGAUGCACUUCGUCAUUCACAAGCAGCUGCAGCGGCACAGCGUAAGCGCACCAGUUCCCACAUUGGACCCCUUCCCACACCCCUCAUCACGGUGCACUGCUCCAGCUCAGUGCCGUAUCUAGCGGGAAGUAUCUCUGCCUUUUCUGGAGAUUUGGAACACAAGGCGCUGAAGCCGUCAGGCGCGGAGUACAGGCUGAAGGCUGCAUCCAGUGUCAAUUUGCGUGAGAGUGCACUCUAUUUGAAAAGCUCUCUAUCUGCCCUUCAACCAGAUUUGAAGCUUCUAAGCAGCAAUGAAUUAAAUUCCAUAGCUCCCAGCACCUCGAAAGCAUCCUCAAUCAAAAGUCUGACCCAUCAAAGCAGCGAGGAGGAUACCGCCAGCUGUUCCAGCUUAAACGCCGAGCAGGCAGUCGGUACUACAGGUGCGGGCAUCAUUCAGGUGUAUACCGCCUACAACACAGGAUUGGCCAGCGGAACAAGCCUCAAGCUUCAUGUAACGCCGAAGACAACAGCUAGAGAGGUGAUCAAUCUGGUUGUCAAGCAGCUUAACAUGGCCGCCGUGCUAAAGGGAAGUAAAGGACCCAUUUAUAAUACUGAUAUGCUCGAUAACUUCUGCCUUGUAGCAGUUAUUGGUGCUCGAGAGCGAUGCCUUCGUGAUGACUUUAAGCCUCUCCAGCUGCAGAGUCCCUGGAAGAAGGGUCGCUUAUAUGUGAGACAAAAGCAUGAGCUACUCGCAGCCAUUGAGCACUCUAAUCGUAAAUCCCACUUGAUUUAAGAGCUAAAAAAGCGACCGUAGAAGAGUAACUGUCCACCAAAAGUGCGAGCUUGAUAUACCUUCAAGUUUGUAUAUAAAAUUUAUAUGUAUGUAUAUGCUAUGAUCAGUUAUAGACACUACAAUUAUACGUCUACGACUAAUGCAAGCAUAUUACCACAAUAUCGUUUGCACAGUGUUUAAUUUGAUUUUUCCAUAGAUUGAAUAGAAAGGAAUAAUUUAAAAAUAUAUAGCUUCGUGGCUCAAUAUAUAACACUCCUUAUCCUUACUAAACUAAUAAUAAACUAUUACCCAAAAAUAACAUUACGCUACAAUGCUAACAAUGCGAAAAUCAAAAAACUAUUUUAAAAUACUACUUUCUAUCUACUUCUAUCUUUGAAUGAAGAAUGCGUUACAAGGAAUAUUUCCUAUUGAAUCACAGGAUUCAAGAACUCAAUCUUCGAUUAAAAACAAAAGCAAUUGGCUCGUUGUAGAUUAUUUUAACACAGUUAGCUAACAGAUAUUGGUAUACCGACCAAAAUGUGUACUUGUACACCGCCAAUUUACCCACAUGAGUAUUAUUGUUGGCUUUUUGAUUUGGUGUUUGCUUUAAUGGGUGCUCACUGUGCCCAAACAAGUUUGACGACCAAUUCCCCAAAUUAGACUGAAUCACCUACAUAUGUAUGCUAAAUGAGAAAAAAAGAUAAGAUAGAUACAUAUGGAUAUUUCUACAGGAAAUCUGAAGCAUGUCAACCCUUUAGUUUUUUGUAAUUAUCUUGAAAACGCACCAAAUAAUGUGCUAAACAAAUGCCAACAUUACUAUUUUUUUUAUUUUGAAUAAUAAUGACUUUUAUAGUUUUUGAUUAGCAAUAUAUUUAGUAAAUUUUCAAGAUAAUUAAAAAAAAAAAAAAAAAAAAAAAAAAAACAAGGGACUCGCACGCUUCAAAGAAUAGAAUUUUCUGGAGAAAUGCCCAUAUGUAUAUGUAUAUCUAAGAAACUGUAAUAAAAUGGUAUUAUAUAAUAAGCAGCUUAACACAGACAGCCACGUACACGUAUUCACACAUAAAUAUGUAAAUAAAGCGUAAAAAUUGUUGUUAGUUGUGUUAGAACUACUUUAAAUAUAAGUGAAACAGAUUACACCAAUAUUAUACAUAUACAUAAUAUAAUGAAUUUUUGUAGCUUAGCAAACUAAAUGUUUUGAUUGUAUUUUUGUGGCAAUUUUUAGGAGCACACAUUUUUUUAAUAUAUAAAUCUAAAUGUUGAAGGAAGCAAAAAUAAUUUUUAAAAAUAUUAACAAAUAUAUAUACCAUAAAAUUAUAGACUCCCUCAAUGUGCGUAUUGUAUGUGUUAAAUAAUUAUUAUAAGUCAUUUCCAAUUUGAAUUAAAUAAUAUUAAUAUAACAUUAAGAUUACUUUAUAGAUUGUAAAGCUGGUAAACGCAAAUAUAUAUUUUUUAGUGUAUUUCAGAAAAAGAUAAUUGAAGAGAUAUUAGCAAUGGCAUUUUUGUGUUUAUAAAAUGAAAGUUAAAAUAAACAGGUUUAAGUUCUGUUGUCCUAUGUUACUUUUCAUGCCCGUGGUAUGUGUUUAUAAACAAGAGUAUUAUAAUUACAUAAAUAUAUGUUAUUCAAAUAUUCUAGGUGUGAGUGUAUUAGCUCAUUCUAUUUACUCUAGAUUUAAAUACACUCACAUAUCCAAAUUGUCCAACAUUAUUAUAGCUAGAAGUGCUAUACAUACAUACGGAAUAAAUUCUAAAACAAGAGUCCAUUAUAAUGUAAUAGUAUACAUACGUAUAUAUGUACAUACAUAUAUAUCUCGUUAUAAAAAUAUAGAUAUGAUAAUUUUGAAUCACUUAAGAUGAGACCAACAAGAACAAAACAAAGAGAGAAAUAUGUACAUUUUUUGUAAAUAUUUAUUAAACAUUUUUUGAUAAACUUUUUAUUUUUGGAUGAACCAAAAAGUCCCAAAUCAACGAACAUGACUUGAAAUUGAAAUCCCAAAUGCCCAACGCUCCAUAAGAGUAAAAAUAAAAAGAUAUUACAACGAAUUGUGUUAGCUAAAAUUAAUUGUAUUUGUUAUUUAGUCAAGAAUUGAAGUACUUCAACAAAAAUGAAUAUAAAAACCGCCGUCCGUUCCCCAAAAGAUUGUUUACAGAGUGGAAUAACUGUUUAUGACGCAAUCUAAUUGUAAAUUGAUUAAGGUUUUAAAUGUCGGAUAUGAUUAUGUAGCACAUAUGCUUAUAUUUAUAUAAAAAUAUAUUAUAUACAUAAACAAAAAUAAAUAUAUAACAUAUCUAGUGUUCAGUAAACGUUUAAUAGAAUUGCUAAAUAAAAACAGCCUAGCAAAAGGUCUUAUCAAAUAAAACUCUAUAUGAAAUGAUGUUAUAAAAUUAAAAAAGACUAAAAAAAAAAAUGUAUAUAUUCUAUACUACUCCGUGUAUAUUUUUGGUGUCCGUUAACUAUAUACAAUAUAAUUUUUAAUAAAAAAUUCAGACAUAUUGAACAAAUAAAUGUACUAGAAGAACCUAAGAAGAGUAGUGUAAAGGCGAGGAAGACGAUGAAGACAAAUUCUUCAAUUAAUUUAAAUAAAGACUUCACAAAUGUUAAUGGUGUUAUUAAAUUAUUAUGUAUUAAAAUUAAAAUAA